AUGCCAUGCUUUGCAGUGGGCUCCUUGGGGAAGCUCUUCCUCUACUCUGCAGCAAGCGGUGGCUUUGCUUGUGCUGUGUUCUGGAAUGCUUUGACAGGGGACUUUGUGUAUGAUGACACAUAUGCGAUCGUUCAGAAUCCUGACGUGUACUCUUCAUCACCACUGGCGAACUUGCUCAAGAAUGACUUUUGGGGGUUUCCGCUUCAGUCGGAGAAAAGCCACAAAAGUUUUCGACCACUGACCACUCUGACGUUUCGUGUCCAGAUGUCUCAAAUGGGAAAUACUGCUGACAUACAGGCUGCCAACAUGAUGCAUCGCACCAAUGUGGUUCUUCACGGGAUCAACACAGCCUUGUUGGUUCCACUAUACCGGAAGUUCGGAUUCAGCGGCAAGGAAUGCUUCAUUGCCGGCAUGCUCUUUGCAUGCCAUCCAGUGCAUGUCGAAGCAGUAGCGAAUCUAGUCGGUCGUGCUGAACUUCUUGCAGCAUUAUUCACCAUAUUGAGCAUUCUAUUGUGGUCGCCGUCCAACAAGCGCUGGCCUUUGUCGAUGCUUUUGGGUUCACUGGCGCUGCUUUGCAAGGAGACAGCAGCAGUUGUAGCUCUUCCGAUGUGUACAGUCAUGCAGACAUUCAAUUCGCUCAAGAAGCCUUCAUCUCGACUCAAGACAGCGCUGCCCUUGCUGCUUUUGGCUGUGCUGCUGGUUGCGCGGGUAUCUCUGCACGGCGGUAUCCAUCAGCGUCCCUUUCUGCAUCGUGAAUCCAACCCUGCAGCUUUCGCAGAGAACAUGGCGACACGGAUUCUCAGCCUUCACUUCUAUCUUUACAGGCAUUUGGUCCUGCUUCUUUGGCCGAAUCCGCUUUGCUGCGAUUGGAGCUAUGGUUCCAUUCCCCUCCUCCACAGCUUUGCAGAUAUGCGAAGUUUUGGGCCUUUCUGCGUCAUCUACGGGCUUCCUGCGGCUUUGCUUGGGCUGGCCAGCUGCCGUGCCCCUCGUUCUUACCAUCGAGGACUCUUGUCAUCCAGUGCUUUCAUGGCUUUGUCAAUAGUGCCUUUCUCGAAUGUCUUGUUCACCGUGGGUUUUGCCGUCGCUGAACGCGUGCUGUAUAUUCCAUCUAUAGCAGCCUGCUCCAUCAUGGCUCACGUUCUCUGCGUGUCUCUGCCGGCUCGCGGACCUCCGGCGCGGCUUUGCAGAUGCGUGAGCUUGCUGAUUGUCGUCACAUGGUGUGGAAGUUGGGCUCGUGGCUGCUUGAAGCAGAGUCUGGUGUGGGGGACUGCAGAGUCGCUGUAUCGUGCCGGCAUUGCUGCGAAUCCUUCCAAUGAGAAGCUGCAUGAUCUUCUGGCCACCAGACUUCAAAACAGUGGCGGGGAUCUUCAGGAGGCCAUGUGGCAUGCUGAAGAGGCUAUUCGGCUGAAUGACGAAUACUGGCAUGCUCAUGCCACUUUGGGUCAGCUUAGAUCAACUGGUGGUGACAGGUCAGCUGCCAUUGCCAGCUAUGCGAAAGCGCUGAGUUUGGCUGAAGAACAGCAGUUGGACACUGUGGCGGAUGCCCCAAAGGUUCGGCUCAAUCUUGCUGUUCAACUCCAAGAUGCAGAUCGACAUGCAGCAGAGGGGCAUUUUCGUCGGCUUUGCCUUCUACCGGUCUCUGAUCCGCUCCGAGCAAUGGGCCUUGUGAUUUUUGGUGCAUUUCUUGAGUCCGGUGCACGGGGCCGACGAGAACCUCUUGAAGAAGCGGCGUACAUGUAUGAGGAGGCACUAAGGUCCAGUUCCCUCGAGCACAGAAGUGCUGCGCAUCUGCGCCUGGGAUCAGUCAUCCGCAGGCUUGCGUUGACUUACAAUGAAAGCCUCAUCGAACCUGGAGUCGGUGCCCCUGUUGCUCCAAGUUGCUCUGAGAAGAGUGACACUCUUGAAAGACCCGGCUCCAGGAUACCCAGUACAUGGUGGCAGGUGUGGAAGUGCAUGAAGGAAUUCAAAGCUGAGACAGAAGUAGGGUGCGACAAGGAGAUAGACCUUGUAACGCUGGGACCCUGCCACUCUUCAAGCCCAGUGAACUUGGUCGAGAAGGCCUGGCAAAUCUUUCGUGGCUGCAUGGCGAAGGAGGCUGUGGCGGAAGGUUCUUCUGCAAUCAGUCGGUGGCCGCUGCCGCUUUCGGAGUCUAUGGCUCUCGUGCAGAUGCGGCAAGGACUGGAGCUGGCAUCUUCCCCGAUGGCACAGUCCCUAGAUCCAGGAGGUCGCAAGUGGCGGGAGGGCCUUGCCGUGGUGAGUGCACGUUUGGUGGUCGAGGGCCGCAUGUCGGAAGCAUCGAAGCUCCUGGCGCCACUGGGGCCCCACUUGGACCCGGCAGCUGUGCUCACAGCCAUGGCAGAGGAGCAGCUCAAGGGGGGCGAUGCAACCGUGGCCUUGGACGCGUACAAGGCCGCCCUGGCCUUGCAUCCAAGCCGCAAAAUUUAUUUGGGGAUGGCCGAAUCGCUGCAAAAGUUGGGUGACAAGGCUGCUGCAGUUCAUCACAGACAACUGGCAAAGCAGUGCUCUCAGCUCGAUGGCUGCGGAGGGCAUCGUGUAGUUCAGCACGCGAGACCCAGCCCGCGAGAUUCUCAGAAGCGUCUGAAGUUGGAGACCUUGUCUGCCGGACACCCGAGCUACGAAGUCUUGUCUUCAUCCCAGUUCAGGCCAGGCCGGCACGGACUCGGUCUUGGUCUGGUUUUUCUCGGUGCGGGAAUUUCUUGGUCACGAUCGCCGUGCUUUGCUUGUGCUCCAAGAAGCAACGCUGGGUCUUUUCCUUCCGUCAGUGUGCAGGUUGUGACCUACAAUCGGCCGUCCCUCCUGUUGGAAGCACUUCUUCAGAUCGAAGCCCAAGACUAUCCUACACCCCUCGAGGUGUUGAUCCUUGAUGAUAGUGAUGCCAGCAGUGAGAAGGAUGUCCUCCGCUUCGCAGCAAACUCGCGCCAUGACAUCCAGUACCGUUUUCUUUCCAAGAGACUCACCAUCGGAGAGAAGAGGAACCUUGCGGCCGAAUCUACCGGCGCAGAAUUCAUCUGCACUUGGGACGACGAUGACAUUUACACUGUAGACCGCGUGCGGUUGCAAGCAGAGUUCUUGAGUGGCAACCGGCGCUGCAAUUGUGUGGCAAUUGAGAGGCGCUUCUUCUACUGGCCGAACGAAGAUGUUCUGCGCGGGUGUGAGGACAUGCAAUUUCUCCCCUUGGAGAAUACGUUGUGCUUCCGUCGGCGGUGGUUUGAGGCAGGGCGCCGCUUCGCUGCCGGAAGCUUGAAUGAGGGUCUCGGUCUUCUGCGUGGGCCGACGGGUGUCAAGCAUCCGGGAAGGCUUGGGAUCCUGCCGAUCUCUGCGGAGGAGUUGCCCUUCCUGUACAUCAAACACAGCGGCUCGAUGACUGGCGCCGGCAAGCCCUAUGCCGAACAAGGCGCAGAGCUCUCUCUGCUGCCACUGGUACGUGCUUGCCACUUGGGCCGAUUUCCAGACUUGCCUUCGUGCGCAAAUCAUUCGCGCAUCCUUCGGGCAGUACGAGAGCUUUUGAGAGAUCUGAUCUCCGGGGAUGUGGACGACCUCCGUGCAACAGGAGAUGCCAUCAAGGCUGCGAGAUAUCUCGAAGCGCUGACGGGGGUCAGGCCACAAGAUGAGUCGCUUCAAGGAGUCCUCGACGGCAUUGGAGAGUUGCAAGCAGCUCUUGCUACAGGCUGA